AGCAGGCGGCGGCGGCGGCGGGUGGCAGCGCGGGGCGGGGCGCGGCGGAGGCGGCAGGGGGGAGGCGGCGGCGCGUGCCAUGCGCGCGGGGGGGCGGGCCCGGCGGCGUUAACCCCUCGGCGACCGGUAUCGGUGACCCCCGGGGCCUGGGCCCCGCGCCAUGGCCCGGGCGGCCUGAGGGGGAAACGGGGAGUUUGGGAGGGGGGGUGGUGGGGGGGGAGCGGCCCCAUGCGGCGCGGGUAGCGCCGGUCCCCGAGGGAAUGGAGCCGAGCGCCAUGGCCGACGCGGCGCCGGAGCCCCAGAGCGAACCGGAGCCCCGCGGUGAAGCGGAGCCCGAGCCCCAGCCCCAGCCCGACGGCGGCGAGGCGGCGGCGGACGGGGAGGCCGGGCGACUGCCGCCCCCCGGGGCGGAGGAGGCGGCGGGCGGCGCCGAGGGGCGGCCGGCGGCGGGCGGAGCGGCGCGUCCCGGCCUGGGCCCGCGGUACCGGCCGGCGGUGGGUCGCACCGAGGAGUGGCCGGUGAAGAAGAAGCACCGUCGGCGGCCGUCGAAGAAGAAGCGGCGCUGGAAGCCCUACUCGAAGCUGAGCUGGGAGGAGAAACAGCAGUUCGACGAGCGGCAGAGCCUACGCGCCUCCCGGCUGCGGGCCGAGAUGUUCGCCAAGGGGCAACCGGUGGCCCCCUACAACACCACGCAGUUCCUGAUGGAGGACCACGACCAGGAGGAGCCGGACCUGAAAACCGGGCUGUACCCGCGGCGAGGGGCCGCCAAGUCGGAGGACACGAGCGAGGAGGAUUUUCUGGAGGAGGGGACGGAGGAGGACGGGGGCAGCGACGGGAUGGGGGGGGACGGCAGCGAGUUCCUGCAGCGGGACUUCUCGGAGACCUACGAGCGGUACCAUGUGGAGAGCCUGCAGAACAUGAGCAAGCAGGAGCUGGUGAAGGAAUACCUGGAGCUGGAGAAGUGUCUGUCCCGCAUGGAGGAGGAGAACAACCGGCUGAGGAUGGAGAGCAAAAAACACGGGGGGGAGGCCGGGGCGGGGGGGGAGGCGGCGCGGGUGCGGCAGCUGGAGCUGGAGGUGGACCGGCUGCGGGCCGAGAACCUGCGGCUGCUGCGGGAGAAGGACCUGCCCCGGCAGGAGAAAGGCCCCUGCAAGCUGGGGGAGUGACCCUUGGGGGGGGGG